AUGGUCCGAAUGGCCGAGCGGAUCACCGAGAACUUCAUUCCCGAAGAGAAAGCUCGGAGUCGCGUCAGGACGCGAAUGAACUCGAGGGGAUCGCUGGGCACCACGGCGAGCCAGAAAAUCACGAUAAUUGAGACCGACAGCGGCGUCGUCGAGGUCGAAGCCAGCGAACACGGAUUUCUCGACGCAUUCCGCGAGGCCAACAUGGACGGCGUCAAUCAUCUGAAUGCGCACAAUCCGAUAACGAGAGGCCUCUGGCGCGCCAUCAUAAUGAUCUUCGUGGUGCUCGCGAUGAUCCAAUGCUAUUCGCAAAUCCGUCUCUACAUCAGCGAGCCGGUCGCCACCAACAUCGAGGCGCACUAUCCGCAGCGAAUCGCGUUUCCGACGGUCGCCAUCUGCAACAACAAUCAAUUCCGGUUGACCUAUCUCACCGGCGGCCGAAUCAUGAAUCGUCGCGCCAAGAACAUCGUCGGCUCGUUGUUGUCGAUCGGCCACGACACCGACUCGGUGUUCGACACCGUCCUCCGCAAAUCGUGGGAUAUGGACGCCGUCAAAUUUCUGCGUUCGGCCGCCCAUUGGAAAUCGCGAAUGAUUCUCGGUUGCACGUGGCCGAACGGAACGACGUGCAAACUCACCGACUUCAAAGCGGUCUGGACGACGACGGGCCUGUGUUGGGCCAUCAACACCGACGCCAGUCAUCCGUUUGAAGUGACCGGCUCCGGCGCCAAACACGGCCUUCGCCUAUUGCUCAACGUUGAGAGCUACGAGCGCGUCGAUGCGUGCACAAAGCAUUUCCGCACCCGAUCACUUCCAGGCCUCAAGAUUUUGAUCUACAACCAAACCGACGUGCCGGAGAGCAGUUUGAACGGCGUCAACGUGCCAACCGGCUACUCAAUGGACAUCCCGUUCAAAAUGCAGCACCGCUCAAAACUCUUCGGAACUCAAUGCAUCGAGGAGACGGACCAUCAUCGCGAGGCAUCGGCCGACUUCAACAAUCCCGAGAACAUUCGGACGUGCUCACUUCGAAAAUACAUGAACGAGGUCGAGGCUUCAUGUCAUUGCAGUAUGCGUCGUGCGUUCACACCAAACGUCACCGACGCGAAAAUGGCGCCGUGCAAUGUUGACCAAUAUUUUGGAUGUGCGCUGCCGGCGAUGAAUCGGGUUCGCGAGAGCGGCACCGCCAACACCUGUCUGCCGCCGUGCAAAACCAUCGACUACACCGCCUGGCAGGACAUGAAUCGUCUACCGCUGAACAUCAUGCCGGCGCUGAUUCAGGAGCAAGAGGAGGAGGACGAGGACGACGUCGAGCAGGAGGAGUUCGAGGAGAACCGCACAAUUCCGACGAAGGACGGCGGCGAGACGUUCAGCUGCGAGGAUAGCGCCUAUCUCGACGAGUCGCAAGUGACGCGAAUCAAACGCGAAGCGCAUCGAGCCUAUGAGAUGCAAGCGCGACAUCAGGAGGACAUCUUUCUCCGCUCGCGACGCCUCAUCACUCGAUUGCGAAGCGCGAUUCACACAAUCGACAAACACAAAUGGGGAUGGCAUGAGGACGCGUUCGUCGGCGUCUAUGAUCGCCUUUCAGAGAUCUCAUGUUUCGCCAACUUCAGCGGCCGCAACAGCGAUAUGAUAGAAGUGUUGACGUCUCGUCCAGCUAGCAGCGAGGAGCGCAAAACCGACCAAAUGUUCUAUAUUCUCGACGAGACGCAUUACCUACGGAACACCACCAAGUACAAAUCGAUCGGCGAUCUCAAAUCGAGGUAUGGCGAUCGUGUCGACGAGGUCGCCGAAGAGAUCUCGAUCAUUCUUCGAAUAAUGGAGAAGUUGUGGAACAUCUUUCUGCCGUCGUCCUAUCAGAAAUCGUUGAGCGGCAAUUUCGAGCGAAUGGAUCGCAUUCUCGAGCUCAUGGAUCAGUAUGAGCUCAACAAGCUUCAACGACGCGCGUGGGCCGAAAAAAUGCAAUCGCGACAAAUGCGCCAUUUUUUCGAGGAGGAGUUCUACGAGUCGUUCUAUCAGCCGCUGAUGCGCGAUCUCGACCAAACGCUCGUCAGACAAAUCGGCGAGAUUCUCGACGACUGGAAAAAGGUGGAGAUUUUUUUGAAGCGCGGCUCCGCCGCCCGAAUCGGCUCGAUCAUCUUCUUCGGCGACAACAAACCGCACAACAAUGAGAAGUUCGAGAAGCUUCUUGUCGAAAUGUACGAAUGCACGUCGAAUCAGAUUCACAAAGAGGCCGACAAGAUGUUGCACAACUUCAAACGAUCCUACCGCGAACUGCAAUCGGCAUAUGGGAAAUUGUUCAAGGAAGAGCUGCCGGAUUACUUGGAGAAUUUCGAGUUUGGCAACAAGUUUGUUAGCGACAACUUCGCCAUGGUCAACAUUUUCCUUCACAAAAUGAAUCUCGAGGUUUGGAGUCAGGAUCGCACCUACGGCUUCUGGAGUUUGGCGUGUGACAUCGGUGGAGCGCUCGGCCUAUUCCUCGGUGUCUCACUUCUAACAAUUAUCGAAAUUGUCUAUUUGUGCAUUCAGUACGGGUUCUGCGGUAAACGGGCACGCAAUUUCCAGUGCAUACCAUUAGAUACUUUGACAAGGGGUUUGAAGAGGGCGGCGACUUGCUGCGAUUGCUGCAAACAUCGUCAGGCGGCGAAACCGGCGAGAUUAUACCAGAAAAAGUCGCAAGGCUAUCAGCGGAGAUUUACUGAAGAUAGCGAAAAAUAUUGCCCACGUUCUCGAACAACCAGCGUCGAUAGGCGAAGUAAAACAUCUAUAUGGAAAGAUGAUUCGAAGGCUUCGUCAAUGACGCCAACGGAGUUCAACGAUUUCAUGGAACGGGUCCAACUCAACUCGCAGCCUCCGGACUACGAGCAAGCAGGUACGCGAUGCUUCAAAACAACAAUUUACCAGAAAAUCUAA